AUGAUUUCGGAGGCGCUCGUUCCACACUUGCUGAAGAUUGUACAAGAGGCGGCGGAGGCGGUGUCCCCCACUUCGCAGUCUUCAACUCUGCUGAUGGAGAAUGGCACCAGGUGCGGGGAACAAAUUCGGAACUACGACAAGGUGGAGAAAGUAUUUAUUGGAGCGAUCCUCACCACGCUCACGCUGUUUACUAUCUGCGGGAACUUGCUGGUGGUGAUUUCGGUGUGCUUCGUGAAAAAGUUGCGGCAGCCGUCCAACUAUCUGAUCGUGUCUCUGGCGGUUGCCGACCUUUCAAUCGCGCUGGCAGUUAUGCCGUUUGUCAGUAUAACGGACCUUAUUGGGGGGCAAUGGGUUUUUGGCCAAGUCUUCUGCAAUGUUUUUAUUGCCAUGGACGUGAUGUGUUGCACUGCAUCCAUAAUGACGCUGUGCGUAAUUAGCAUAGACAGGUACCUGGGCAUAACCAAGCCUCUGACCUACCCUAUGAGGCAGAAUGGCUGUUGCAUGGCCAAGAUGGUGCUGUCCGUGUGGCUCCUCUCCGCCUCCAUCACCCUGCCCCCCCUCUUCGGCUGGGCCCAGAACGUAAAUGACAACAAGGUGUGUCUGAUCAGCCAGGACUUUGGUUACACCAUCUACUCCACCUCAGUGGCGUUCUACAUCCCCGUAUCCGUCAUGCUCAUUAUGUACUACCGCAUCUACCGCGCCGCCAAGCUCAGCGCCGCCAAGCACACCAUCACGGGCUUCCCGCGGGUCGGGGAGGAGGCGGCGCGGGGGGAAGAGGAGGAAGUCAUGGAGGAACAGGAGGAGGAAGAGGACAGCGUGGACUGUGUGUCGGCCGCUCUGAGGCUCCACAGGGAGGUGGAGGAGUGCACGCGAUUCUCCCGGCUCGUGAGGAGCAACCGGAGGAACAUGUCCAUCUUCAAGCGGGAGCAGAAGGCAGCAGCCACCCUGGGGAUCGUGGUAGGGUCCUUCAGUGUCUGCUGGAUGCCUUUCUUCUUACUGUCCACGGCCAGACCCUUCAUCUGCAGGGCGGACUGCCCUAGCUGUGUGCCCUUGUGGGUGGAGAGGACCCUGUUGUGGCUGGGCUAUGCCAACUCCCUCCUCAACCCUUUCAUCUACGCCUUCUUCAACAGGGACCUGAGGACCACCUACCGCAACCUGCUGCGUUGUCGUUAUCGCAACAUCAACCGCAAGCUGUCCGCCGUCGGGAUGCACCAGGCCCUCAAACUGGUUGAAAAGACUCACUCUGUUAUCUAAAUGUGACCAUGGUGUUAUUGUUGUGGUUUUGUGGCAGCUGCUAUCUAAAUGGUGUUAUUGUUGUGGUAUUGUGGGAGUUGCCAUCUAAAUGGUGUUAUUGUUGUGGUAUUGUGGGAGUUGCCAUCUAAAUGGUGUUAUUGUUGUGGUAUUGUGGUAGUUGCCAUCUAAAUGGUGUUAUUGCUGUGGUUUUGUGGGAGUUGCCAUCUAAAUGGUGUUAUUGUUGUGGUUUUGUGGUAGUUGCCAUCUAAAUGGUGUUAUUGUUGUGGUAUUGUGGGAGUUGCCAUCUAAAUUGUGUUAUUGCUGUGGUUUUGUGGGAGUUGCCACACUGAGAAAGUCUUGGGUCAAUGGUAUCUGCUUGCCUGGUCCUCUACUCAAGAUCUUGCAUGUCCAGACAGUCUAAAACAGGGCUCUGUCACGACUUCCGCCGAAGUUGGCUCCCCUGCCUGUUUCGGGCGGUGCUCGUCGGUGGUCGUCACCGGCCUACUAGAAGUUGGCUCCCCUGCCUGUUUCGGGCGGUGCUCGUCGGUGGUCGUCACCAGCCUACUAGAAGUUGGCUCCCCUGCCUGUUUCGGGCGGUGCUCGUCGGUCGUCGUCACCGGCCUACUAGAAGUUGGCUCCCCUGCCUGUUUCGGGCGGUGCUCGUCGGUGGUCGUCACCGGCCUACUAGCCACCCC